GCCGGGGGCUGACAGAUGUGCCACGUGGGUGGCUCUCCUGCAGGAGUGCUGGACCAGCGGGAAGCUCUGACCACCCUGGGCAAGCGCCUGGCCCAGAUCUCCACGGACCCUCGGCUGGCCAAGGCCAUCGUCCUGGCCUCCAUCUACCGCUGCCUGCACCCGCUGCUGGUCAUCGUCUCGUGCCUGACGCGGGACCCCUUCAGCAGCAGCCUGCAGAACCGCGCCGAGGUGGACAAGGCCAAGGCCGUGCUGAGCCGGGAGAGCGGCAGUGACCACCUGGCCUUCGUGCGGGCGGUGGCGGGCUGGGAGGAGGUGCUGCGGCGCAGGGACAGCCGUGCCAGGGACAACUACCUGCAGGACUACUACCUGUACGGGCCCAGCCUGCGCUUCAUCAACGGCCUUGUGAAGCAGUUCUCUGAGAACCUCUACGAAGCCUUCCUGGUGUCAUCCCCGUCCGACUGUACCAUGCCCUCGUCCGUGUGUAACCAGUACAGCGAGGAGGAGGAACUGGUGAAGGGCGUCCUCAUGGCUGGGCUCUACCCCAACCUCAUCCAGGUACGGCAGUGCCAUCGCUCUCUGGGGAUGGCUGUCACAGCAGGUGGCACCGGGAAGUGCUGAGGUGCCAGAGAAGCU